CCGCUGCAGUAGGUAUGAAACCACUGCUGGAAGAGACACAUGGAAUGAUGACGAGCAGCAAAACGACUCUUGCUUUCCUCAUCUACGGGCUCCUCGUACAAUGCAACGUGUUGAGUUACCCGAACAUCAGAAUGGAGACUGCAGGAUUUGACGAGGAGGGAAACUCGUUAACGGAUCUAACCUUUGACAGUGACCAGAUCACUAUUCGAAGCUCUCCUUCAGUUACUGAAGACGCAUACACGUUAUACAGUCCUCCAUCGAAAAGGUGA